AUGGAGGCACGAGUGGGGGCUACCAAGGCUUGGAGAGGGUGGAAGCCGCCGUCGGAGGAAGUUCCUGGACGGCCGCGCUUUCUCCUUGAUGCGGGGAAACAUCUCUCCUGCAAUCAUACCGCCAUUUUCUCGCAUAAGCUGACUGCAUUGUCAUCCUCUCCCUCUAUUCUCGCGCAUGGUCAGCCCAACAGGAUCUCCUCUCGCCCGGCUUGGGGUCUCCUCCUCUUCCUCGAGCUCUUCCUCGGGGUCUCACUACUCACCAAGUCCAGAGGCCUGGGGAGCGGGCGGGGGAGAUUUCCCGACCGAGACGUAGCCUCUCGAGAUUUCUUGGCCGAGUGGACGACAGCUUGUCUUUCCUUCCUCUUGUGCCCCCGCCACUCCACGCCCUUCCGCGGCGGCCUACCUCAUCUUCGCAGUCGAGUCUCUCCUCCUCGCAUGCUCGUCGCCCCCGUCGAACUCGAUCCCUUCGUCUCUGUCAUCCUCAUCGACCUGUCCAAGAAGCUUCGCCGUACCAUCUCCUUGACGCUCGCAGACGGGCCGAUCACGUAUUUCAGCAAUUCGUACGUGCUUGGAUUGACUGUAGUUGCUGGUAUCGGCGGUCUGCUUUUCGGCUAUGAUACUGGAGUUAUAUCGGGAGCACUUCUAUAUAUCCGUGAUGAAUUUGAGGAAGUCGAUCAAAGUAGCUUUUUACAGGAAACAAUCGUCAGCAUGGCUUUGGUCGGUGCCAUGAUUGGAGCUGCAGUAGGGGGUUGGUUUAGUGAUGCUUUUGGGCGUAAGAAAGCUACUCUGUCCGCUGAUGUUGUAUUCGCACUUGGAGCCAUUGUCAUGGCCGCAGCUCCAAACCCCUACGUUCUUAUCGUUGGAAGGUUCCUUGUUGGCCUGGGAGUAGGUAUUGCAUCAAUCACUGCUCCUGUAUAUAUUGCAGAGGCCGCUCCUUCAGAAAUUAGGGGUGGCCUAGUGAGCACAAAUGUCCUCAUGAUUACUGGUGGACAGUUUCUCUCUUACCUUGUGAACCUUGCUUUUACUGAGGUUCCGGGUACAUGGCGGUGGAUGCUUGGGGUAUCUGGUUUGCCUGCUAUUAUCCAAUUCUUUCUUAUGUUAUUUUUGCCAGAGUCUCCACGCUGGCUUUACAUGAAGAAAGAGAAAUCUGACGCCGUUGCUGUGCUAUCAAAAAUCUAUGAUCCAUUUCGCUUGGAAGAGGAAAUUGAUCAGCUUGCUGCAGCGCUUGAAGAAGAGGGCCAGCGGAAGACUCGAGUCAGUUACUUUGAUGUCAUCAGAAUAAAGCCGCUAAGACUUGCCUUUUUAGCUGGAGCUGGAAUGCAGGCAUUCCAACAGUUCACCGGCAUCAACACAGUGAUGUAUUACAGCCCAACUAUAGUUCAAAUGGCUGGAUUCCAGUCCAACCAACUAGCACUCCUCCUAUCCCUCAUUGUAGCAUUCAUGAACGCCCUGGGUACAGUACUCGGGAUAUACCUCAUCGAUCAUUUUGGUCGUAAGAAGCUGGCACUCAGCAGUUUGUUUGGAGUAACCAUAUCCCUCAUAAUCCUCGCUAUGGCAUUUCUCCUCCAACCGUCUGAUUCUGUCACCGGUGUCUAUGGUUGGCUCGCGGUUUUAGGUUUGGCUCUUUAUAUAGCUUUCUUUGCACCGGGGAUGGGUCCAGUUCCAUGGACCGUGAACUCGGAAAUAUAUCCAGAAGCCUAUCGAGGACUCUGUGGAGGCAUGUCAGCUACUGUGAACUGGAUAUCAAAUCUCAUUGUAGCUCAAAGUUUCCUGUCGAUAGCAGAGGCCACAGGCGUCGGCCCGACUUUCUUGAUCCUUGCUGGCAUAGCUGUGGCCGCAUUCAUAUUUGUGGCUGUUUUCAUUCCGGAGACAAAGGGUUUAUCGUUUGAAGAAGUGGAGAGAAUAUGGCAGGAGAGGGCUAAGGGGAAUCGAGGUGUAGGUGAUGUUCCUGAUAAGAGAGAACCUUUGCUAUAGAUUCGAGUGAAGCCAGAUUGUUGUGUGCUAUCAAAAUUGUAAGGAUAAUAAUUUGUUGGACAAUUAUUGUCCAUUGUGUGUAAUAAUAAUGUAAUUAAUGUAUACGUUGAAUGUAAAUGGAUGACUUAUUGAUUUGAA